CAUAGGGAGACAAUUGAAAUUAAUUGUAAUUUCCUCGGAGGAUCCCAUAAAAGUCUCUCCAUCAUCAACUAUCCCAUCAGUCCACUCCCCCCUAAAUCUUCUUCUUCGUCAAUCAAGCGAUCGGGGAGAGUUGAGCUUCGUUCAGUCGGAAAUGGCGGACACUCUCGCUUCCCUGAGGUCUCUGAUGGCCUCCCACUCCCCUCCUCUCGACGCCUUGGUCGUUCCGUCCGAAGACUACCAUCAGAGCGAGUACGUGUCUGGCCGGGACAAGAGGCGCGAGUUCGUGUCCGGAUUCACCGGAAGUGCUGGUCUGGCACUUAUAACGAUGAAUGAGGCACUGCUUUGGACCGAUGGGCGGUACUUUUUGCAGGCAACUCAGGAGCUUAGUGAUCAGUGGAGACUCAUGCGUAUUGGAGAAGACCUUGCUGUAGAAAUCUGGAUCGCCGAUAAUAUGGAGAAAGAUGCAGCCAUUGGUGUUGAUCCUUGGUGCAUAUCGGUAGACACUGCACAAAGAUGGGAACGUGCUUUUGUGAAAAGACAGCAGAAGAUUGUCCCGACUUCUUUCAACUUGGUUGAUGAGGUCUGGAAAAACCGGCCAGCUGCAGAAAUAAAUCCUGUCAUUGUACAUCCAUUAGAAUUUGCCGGUCGCUCUGUUACGGAUAAACUGAAUGAUUUGAGGGAAAAACUUAUACAGGAGAAAGCUCGUGGUAUAAUUUUCACAGCACUUGACGAGGUUGCUUGGCUGUAUAACAUCAGGGGCAGUGAUGUGUCUUACUGCCCUGUGGUUCAUUCUUUUGCAAUUGUAACAUCACGUUCAGCUUUCUUUUACGUGGACAAGAGGAAGGUGUCUCCUGAGGUAAAUGCCUAUUUCGAGGGCAAUGGGAUUGAAGUACGGGAGUAUGCUACUGUUAGCACGGAUGUUACCUUACUUGCAUCUGACCAGCUUGAGCCUUCAAUUGCAAAAGGAUGUAGUGAGGCCAAUAGUGCGCCUACUGAGGCAGACAAAAUGGAAGGCGAUGACAGUGUUGAUUUGAUAUGGAUUGAUGCCGCUUCAUGCUGCUAUGGUUUGUAUUCACAAUUAAAUGCAGACAAAGUUAUACUGAAGCAGUCCCCUGUAGCACUUCCAAAAGCUAUGAAGAACCCCGUUGAGUUGGAAGGUCUGAGAAAAGCACACAUCCGGGAUGGUGCAGCAGUUGUGCAAUAUCUGGUCUGGUUGGAUAAGCAGAUGCAGGAUAUCUAUGGUGCUUCUGGAUAUUUCUUGGAGGAAGAGACUAAGAAAAAGCUGGGGCAAUCUAAGAAACUUACGGAGGUGUAUGUAAGUGAUAAAUUAGAGGGUUUUCGAGCUUCAAAAGAGCAUUUUUGGGGUUUGAGUUUUCCUACCAUUUCGUCUGUUGGCUCAAAUGCUGCAAUCAUUCAUUAUAAGCCACACGCUGACACUUGCGCAGAGCUAGAUGCAGACAAAAUUUAUCUGUUUGAUUCUGGAGCACAGUACCUAGAUGGGACAACAGACAUAACUCGAACUGUUCAUUUUGGGAAACCUUCUGCUCAUGAGAAAGCAUGCUAUACUGCGGUUUUGAAGGGUCACAUUGCUCUGGGUAAUGUUCGAUUCCCCAAUGGAACCAAUGGCCAUUCAUUAGACAUACUUGCUCGAAUACCUCUUUGGAAGGACGGUCUUGAUUAUCGCCAUGGCACUGGUCACGGUAUUGGAUCAUUUUUAAAUGUUCAUGAAGGUCCGCAGUUAAUCAGUUUCAGGCCUCGUAAUGUGCCACUACAAGCCUCAAUGACUGUUACUGACGAACCUGGUUACUAUGAAGAUGGAAACUUUGGCAUCAGAAUAGAGAAUGUGUUGGUAAUCAAGGAGGCUGAUACAAAAUUCAACUUUGGCGACAAAGGUUACCUGGCAUUUGAGCACAUAACUUGGGCACCGUACCAGACGAAGUUGAUCGACACGAGUCUCUUGACUUCUGAAGAGAUAGAGUGGCUUAAUACCUACCAUUCCAAGUGUCGGGAUAUUCUGGCUCCUUAUCUGGACGAAACUGAGAGAUCGUGGCUGAAAAGAGCGACUGAACCUGUAAGAGCUUGAGUGAGGUCCCUAUUAAUUUGGGAUCUGCCUAUUAAUCACUCGCUCCGCAUCUUCAGAAUUCGGCAUUAUGUGAAUUUCGUGUCGUAGCCUCUAAUAAAAGAGAACUCGAAGCUUAUUACGCUCGGCUUAUACAUUUCAUAUUUAGGGCUUGAAUAUUACCCCGAUCAUUUAGCCCCGUGUUUUCUCUUUUUUAUCCAUUUCUUCAUAUAUGUAAUUUGAGUUUGCAGUUUUCUUUUCUCCUUAUAUUUUGUCUGAGGCAUUACUUAGUGCAAUCGAUCUUUGCCAGAAAAUUCCCUUUGGAUUGUGA